GAGCGCACCCUAAACACUACCUCCAAGCUACCUUCUCUCUCCCUUUCACUAGCUAACACACACUCGCAAGCAGAUUUAGCAAUGCAUCUUCUUUUUAUUGUGCUUGUGUUACUAGUCGUCUGCAUCUUCAAAUUUAUACACUCGGUGAUAUGGGUGCCAUGGAGAAUACAAGUUUACUUCAGAAAGCAAGGCAUAAGUGGCCCUAACUACCGUCCAAUCUUCGGAAACACACCCGAGUAUCGCCGUCUAUUUAGUGAAGUAAGAUCAAAGCCAAUGCCUUUUAACCACGAUAUCGUCCACCGAGUUGCCCCAUUUUACUACGAGUGGUCGCGCAAGUAUGGGAAGACGUUCCUCUACUGGUUCGGAACCAAGCCAACGUUGGCUAUAUCGGACCCUGAUAUGAUCAAGGAGGUUCUCAUGAAUACAGGUGAUGGCUCGUUUCAGAAGGCUCGAAACAACCCUCUAGCCAAGCUGCUCUUUGGACAGGGACUUAAUGGGUUGGAUGGGGAGGAGUGGGCUCUUCAUAGGAGGAUCGCAAACCAGGCGUUUAUGAUUGAGCGGGUUAAGUGUUGGGUGCCAGAAAUUGUGGAAAGCAUUACCAAGAUGCUAAUCAAGUGGGAGGAAAUAAGAGGAGGGAGAGAUGAAUUUGAGGUUGAUGUGCAUAGAGAGCUUCAAAACUUCACCUCAGACGUUAUAGCGAAAACGGCUUUUGGAAGCAAUUAUGAAGAAGGGAAACGUAUAUUUUUGUUACAAGAUCAACACAAGUACCUUGCCUACCAGGCUUUUGGAAAUGUCUAUAUUCCAGGGUUCAGGUUUUUGCCCACCAAAAAGAACAGGGAGAGGUGGAGAUUCGACAGGGAAACUCGUGAAGCAAUACGCAAAUUGAUAAAAAAUAACAACAGUGAAAGAGAGAAUUCAAGAAACCUGCUCAGUCUGUUGAUGUCUUCCUAUAAAAAUCAAGAGGGCGAAGAAGAGAAACUAGGGAUUGAGGAGAUUAUAAACGAAUGCAAGACCUUCUACUUUUCAGGAAAGGAAUCUACUGCUGAUCUUUUGACUUGGGCACUUCUCCUUUUAGCAUUGCAUCAAGAAUGGCAAAACAAGGCAAGAGAAGAAGUGUUUUCCAUCUUCGGAGAGAAUGAGUCUAUAGCUGCAGAGAAGUUAAAUGACCUUAAGAUUGUGAACUCAAUUCUCUGUGAAACACAGCGACUUUAUCCUCCAGUCGUGAUGUUGCCGAGGCAAACAUCUAAGAACGUAAAGUUGGGAACCCUUGACGUUCCUGCCGGCACUCAUUUCUAUUUAGCCUUGCCUUCUGUUCAUCAUGACCCUGAUAUAUGGGGGAAAGAUGCUAAUGAGUUCAAUCCCCUAAGAUUCAAUGAGCCAAGAAAUCACUUGGCUUCAUUUUUUCCAUUUGGGAUAGGUCCUAGAAUGUGUGUUGGUAAAAAUUUAGCAGUCAUGGAGGUAAAAAUUGUCCUAGCCAUGAUAAUAAGGAGUUACUCUUUCGUUGUGUCGCCCACCUAUGUUCAUGCACCAAGCCUCUUGCUGAGCACACAACCUCAAUUUGGUGCACAGAUCCUCUUUCGCAGGAUUUAAAAUUGAAAGGAGCUUUGUGUGGUGGCGUUGUCUUUAAAGCAAUGGAGUUUCUAAGUGGUUGUACGGUGAAUCCUAUGCUGAACUGCAGAGCGCCCAUUUCACGAGUAUAUGCACACUAUAUAUGAUGUCUCAAAUAUUAUGAUUCAAACCUUGGGUGAAUUGUGUUUACUUCUGUUCAGUAGUGUUUUUUUUUUUUUACUUUCGUACCAUGUUUUAUAUGUUUUAUGGUGUGCUUUUGUCUGAUUUAAUGGAAUUGAAAAGCGUUAUAUUUGGUGUUUUGCUGCACAGAA